GGCCGGGACGAUGCCGCCGCCACCGUGGCUGUCCCUGUCCGUGUCCCUGUCCCUGUCGGUGUCGCUGUCGCUGGUGGCCCCCGGGGGGGGCGCCCCGGGGGGGGCUCUGUCCUUCCUGGCCCUGGGGGACUGGGGGGGGCUGCCCGAGCCCCCCUUUGUCACCCCCCGCCAGGUGGCCACGGCGGCGGCCAUGGGCCGGGCGGCCGCCGAGCUCGGGGGCGACUUCGUGCUGGCGCUGGGGGACAACUUCUACUACCAGGGGGUCAGGGACGAGUGGGACCCGCGGUUCCAGGACACCUUCGAGCGCGUGUUCGUGUCCCCGGGGCUCCGCGGUGUCCCCUGGUUCGUCAUGGCCGGGAACCACGACCACGCCGGCAACGUCACCGCGCAGCUGCGCUACAGCCGCCACUCGCCGCGCUGGCACUUUCCCCACCCGUACUACAGCCUGCGCCUGCACCUGCCGGGCUCCAACGUCUCGGCGCGGCUGCUGGUGCUGGACUCGGUUCUGCUCUGCGGCCACAGCGACGAUUUGGCUCCGGCCCUUGGGCCCGGGGCACGGCGGCGGCGCGAGCACCUGGGCUGGCUGCGGGCGCAGCUGGGAGGCGGCGGCGGCGCGCGCUUCGUGCUGGUGGCCGGGCACUACCCGGUGUGGUCGGUGGCCAAGCACGGCCCCACGGGCUGCCUGCUGCGGCUGCUGCGGCCGCUGCUGCGGCGGCACCGCGUCAGCGCCUACCUGUGCGGGCACGACCACAACCUGCAGUACCUGGAGGAGGGCGGCGUCUCCUACGUCCUGAGCGGCGCCGGGAACUUCAUGGAGGACUCGCGGCCGCACGAGCGCUCGGUGCCGCCCGGGGCGCUCCGGUUCUUCUUCGGGAGCCCCGAGAGCCCCGGCGGCUUCGCCCACGUGCGCCUGGAGCCCCGCGGGGCCACCGUGACCUUCCUGGAGAGCACCGGGCGCGUCCUGCACCGCGUGACGCUGCCGCCGCGCCUCUGACCGGGACACCGGGACACCGGGACACCGGGGAUAGCGGGGAUAGCGGGACCCCUUCCCUGGGGACACCGGGAAACCGGGACAUGGGGACAGAGGGGACACCGGGCGCGUCCUGCACCGCCGGCCCUGACCGGGACAGCGGGGACACCGGGACCCCUUCCCUGGGGACAGCGGGACGACACCGGGACAGAGGGGACAUUGGGGUCGCUGACCCCUGACCCGGGGGACACCGGGGACCGGACGCUGACCCCUGACCCUUGGGGACGCUGACCCCUGACCCGGGGGGACGCUGCGCCCCCUCCCCCCAAUAAAGGCUUUGAACGG